GAAGUGCAUUGUAUAAAUUGUAAGCUACUUUUUAACAAUUUGUAACACAAUAUUGGAACAUAAAGUAAUUAUACAUAUGUAAUUUUUAUUCGGUGAUAGGAUUGUAUCUUGUACUUUACACAUCUAUAUGUAUAUAUAUGUAUAUGUAUAUACUUGUUCUUCAUACUCUACGUUUGACGGUCUUACACGUAAUAUCGUGUGAGGUUAUAUCGAGAGUAAGGAUUUAAGUUCAUAUCAGAUGAUAGACUAAUGAUCGAUAAUAUUACGCAAACUGUGCAUCAUGUAUCAAGAAAAUGAAGAGAACCUUAAAAUUCUUCAACAGCUGAUUCCUGGUGCUACGCUGGAAAAUCUACAAGCCUUUCACAAAUGUAUGAGUACAGAUGCUGUUUAUAAAUCUGGUCUACCUUAUGGAAUAACAUCUGGAUUAAUGUUUCAUUUUCUACUUCCUAAGAAAUUAGGAGCUAUAAAGUCUGUGGUAACAGUCAUUUCAAGUUUUACAGCAUUUGUGUGGGGAAAAAUAAUAUAUAGUCCAAUAUGUAAAGAGAAGGUAUUUGGUCCAGGAGAUGUAUUUGCUGGCAAACUCCAAGAAAGAAGAGAUUUGCACGAUAAUCCCAAUUAUGAUGGUAGUACCGAUCAAGAAGAUCAACUAAACAGACUCACUAUUUCUUCUGACAAAUUGUUGGAAGAUGAUUCGUCGUGGAGUAAUUUUGAUCCUUUCUUAGAUAGUAAUGUGAGCCACUUUAAUGAUACAAGUCACAAUUUUCCAGAAGAAUUAACAACAGAACAAAUAACUGAUGCAAAACAACGUGUAACUUAUGAUGAUCUAUGGGCACAACAUAGAGACAGGCAGAUGAAUCCAAAAUAUAAAGAUUUUAGGGGCAGUAGAGGUGUGAAUACAGAGAGAUCGGCGGUACCACCUCAACGAGAGCCAGAAAAAACAGCACCUCAGGAAACGACAUAUGAUGAAAAGAAUAUUUGGAGUUGAAUAAAAUGACAUGUUUUAUAUAAUUUUUUAGGAUUCGUACACGAUACAGUUGCGAUAGAAUAGAUUCCAAUAACAAUAAAAUGCGCUGUUGAAUAAAA